AUGUCGAUCUAUUUAUAAUAUGCCAAAGCUGUCUGUGUCAGAAUCAUCGUAUUGUACGCGCAAGGCCACGACCUCUGGGUACCCUUUUACCAAUUUCCAUCAUCCUGGCACUCCACUACUUCCGCUAGUAUCAGCGACGGACAACGAACAUAAACACAACCACGACACAACCUGUCUCGAUAAUUCACGUUGCUGAAAGUGAGAGGCUCUGCCCCAGAAGGGGCCAAACGACUAGCUCACCACUAUCCACCGUAGCACCCUAUCGCAGCUGGGGCUCGCCGACAAUCGAUUGCCACCUCAUCGCCUUGGCUGGCAGCACCUUGGAGGGCUAUCCGAAGCUAUUGGAAAAGCAUAACAGGAAUCGGUUAUAAAUAAGCUGACAAGAUCAGGAUAAUAUGUCCUUCCCUCGCGACGGGUCUGGUGUCUCGGUGGGACCGGGUGGAACUGGUGGACAAUCUUUCCAAGGAACGUCACAACAGGGCGCCCAGUCUGUCAACUCUUCGAAUCCACACGAUCAGACGAAGCGCGGAGCACCACAAAUUGGCAUGGGUGGCAUAUCGUCCCCACAUCCUGAAAGCCUAACCCCUGGCUCAAUGAACUCUACACCCGACAACCUGAGCCUCACACAUUCGUUUGGUGGUUUGCGUAUUGCUAACCCAGACAGAGGGCCUCACGACUCAUCAACAGUCACUACAGACACUCCACCAUUUGUGGCAAGUCGGGAAAUUGUAGACAUGACAAUGGAUGGAUCAACUGAACCUCAACAAAAACGUCGCUCGCUUUUCAACAUGCUGAGGCGCAGCGAACCGGCCAACGAUCCAGAAGCCCCUCGGCUGUCUGGCUUAUCCGUCGACAGUAGAAGGCCGUCGCGAAGACAUACACCGGAACCUACUGAGCCGUCAGCAGCUACACAAGAACAGGGCCGUGGGCCCUGUGCGCAGAAUUACAGGCCGGGACAGUCCAUGCCCUUCAACCACCAGGCCCAACAAGAAGCGUUGUUUCCUCCGUUUCAGUCGAGCCAUGCACCAGGCAGGGAACGCGGCUAUUCUGGGGGUAGGCCUGUCUCUGGCGCGUACUCGCACACCCCGCCGCCUGCAAACAACAUACCAUCUCGGCAACCUGGUUCAUAUCGGCUACCAACCGAAUCUUCAAGCAAUUCCGUGCACAGUAGCGCUCCGAGGAUAGAAUCGCGAAAUGCAGAAGCAGUCAUGGCAGCUGGUGCAGAAAUUCGAGAUGAUAGCCAUAGAGAUCGAUCAUACAGUCAAAGUCAGCCAAUUUUACUCGGCAAUGGUUCAACACGAGAUAGCUCGAGGGCUUUGGGAGGUGGUCGGGGAAUUGCGAACCCGAAUAUGGCGCCCAAUCCAGCUCCUCCGGGCGGAUCGCAAUCAUACGGCCUGGACGGUCCACUCCAAGCAAGCAGUGAAGAGUGGAAAGAAAGGGGGGCUGCAGUUGGCGUGCGACAAGAAAUCGAUUCGAGCGGCAAGCCAGUUUUAAGAUCUGUAAAGAAGGGCGUUAGGGAUUUCUCGUUUGGUCGAACACUCGGUGAAGGGUCAUACAGCACUGUCCUGGCUGCGACAGAUCGCCAGACAUUGAAAGAGUAUGCAGUCAAAGUACUCGACAAAAGGCACAUCAUCAAGGAAAAGAAGAUCAAAUAUGUCAAUAUUGAGAAGAAUACGCUCAACCGUCUGACGGAACACCCGGGCAUUGUUCGACUAUACUACACGUUUCAGGAUGAAAAGUCAUUAUACUAUGUUCUGGAUGUGGCGAGCAACGGGGAACUCCUCGGAGUGUUGAAGAAGAUUGGCACAUUCGACGUGGAAUGCACCCGUUUCUAUGGUGCGCAAAUUUUGGAUGCCAUCGACUACAUGCACUCUCGUGGUGUGAUUCACCGAGAUUUGAAGCCUGAGAACGUUCUUCUCGACGAUCAAAUGCACGUAAAAAUUACCGAUUUUGGAACGGCGAAGCUGUUAAAAGACCCAUAUGCUGUGCCGAAACAGGGCCUUCUCGAGAUGGACAAGGAGGAUGACGAUAAUCGAGCAGCGUCAUUUGUUGGCACGGCAGAGUAUGUCAGCCCGGAGCUGCUCACGGACAAAAACGCUUGCAAAGCAAGCGAUCUCUGGGCGUUCGGCUGCAUCAUAUAUCAGCUACUCUCAGGAAGGCCGCCUUUCAAGGCUGCGAAUGAGUACUUGACGUUCCAGAAAAUUGUUGGGUUGGAUUACGAGUUUCCGCCUGGCUUUCCUCCGGCAGCAAGAGACUUGGUAGAACGCUUAUUGGUCCAUGACCCGCAGAGGCGGCUGUCCAUGGAGCAUAUUAAGAACCACGAAUUCUUCGAUGGCGUGAAGUGGGGUCGCAGCUUAUGGAGGCAAAAGGCGCCGAGGUUAAUGCCUCAUGUCCCCCCUUCGCAAAAACCGCACGUUAUCAAAUUGGACGGAUACCAGAGUUCCCCACAGCCAAUAUCAACACCCCGUGGUGCGAAUGGUAGCAGCAGUUCAAGACCAAAACCACGAGUAAUUACUGAACUGCCACCUCCCAGCCAGCUAGAUAUUGAAUGGUCUCCUGUACUAACUCGGAAUAAUGAGAGAAUACUCAAGCUUGGGAAUCUCAUGGUUACUUCAAGCCCAAUAGCCCACAGCCCGGGAUCUAAAAGCGGCGACAACGGCAAGAGCGACAAUAAGUUCUCCCGCUUUUUUGGUGGAAGCACUAUCAAGAAGAGGCAGAGGCUAGUCAUGGUUACCUCGAGCGCCCGGAUUAUUUUGGCAGCUGCUGGAGGGGAUGAGAAGAAGUCGAAGACGGAAAUAUCUCUCUUGGCUUCCGAUUGCACGUGGCGGUUACAGGCAGAACUGAAGGGGCAGGCAGGGUGGUGUGUAGAUACGCAUGGAACCCAUUAUUCGUUUGAAGAGCGAUCAUCUAAUAGCUCGUCGGACCUGGGUCGAACAACCCCUGAAGAGUGGAUUGAAACUCUCGAUAGCGCGAAGGACUUCGCGAUGUCACAAAGCAUGUUGGGUUCUUACAACAACGACGGCAACUUCGCCGAGAUGUCAUCAUCGGUGUCAAGUCCGACAAGCACCCUUGGCGGCGGGAACACGUAUCCUGAGGGAAUGGGUGUUACCGACCGCAACGGUCGCAAAAACCUGACAAAGAACCAAGAAGAUGCACCACCGAAACGGAAUAGGUUCAGCAAGCGCCAAUCUAAGAGCGGACUCGCGGCUGUCUUCUAGCUGGUCGGUGGUCUUGCUUCAAAGCAUAUUCUCCGGCUCGGGAGUUCAUAACGAUUCGAAUUUUCAUUCUCACAUAGCAUUUGCCAGCGCGGCGUUGGGUCUGUCCAGCAUUUUAUUUUUAAUUGUUCAUGUAGAUCUUUAGUGGGGGGCGUGGCGUGGAACGGCCAUGAUUCAUCAUCAACCUUGAGAAAGAUGAAGUAUAUCGAAUACCUUACUUGGGAAUAAUUGUUUCAUGUGCAUGGGAGCAAAGGGAAGGGCAAUGGAGUGGCCGGAUAGUGUGAGGGAGGGGGGUGAGGUGCUUUUUACUUAUCAGAGACACGAUUGACUAGACAACGUAUUUUCCGAUGAAAUCUACAUAUUUGCUGUGGG